AUGCGUGCAAAUUAUCACCAAAUGCUACAGACAAAUGUCCAUCGAGAUUCACCAAUUCCACAAGUAUUUCUUAUCGAAAAGGAACAAAAUUUAGCUAGUCAUCCUUCGACAUCAACCAAUCCUAAUCAUCACCAACAAUCUGUUCUCAAACAAAUCGAAGAUUCGAAAGAAUGUCGAUUGUCAAUCAAUUCUCAAGUUUCUCAUUCGUUUGAAAAAGAUUUCGUCGAGAAAAAACCUAAAGAAUAUCAUCGACGAAUUUUAUUCAUUAUGGAACCGAUUAUCAUUGGUUUAAUUCUUUUCCCAAUUAUAGUUCUCUUCUGGCAGUGUGGAUGGAAUGUUAUAUUCGUUUUAUUGAAUUCAGUCAAUAGAUAUCCACCAUCUACUUCUCAACAAUAUUUAGGGACGGAAGAGUCAAAAAUUCUAACAAACAUUCUAUCUUUAAAUGGCUCACAAAAAGUCUUAGAUAAAGAAUAUUUAUCAAAAUUUGACAAACAAAAACUCUCGAAAUUAGCAAAAAAUUCACAAAUAAAGGCAUCAAUUUAUAUUAUUCAAUGGGAAAUGAUUUGGACAAUGUGGGAUCAAUAUACUUCUGAUGAAUGGGAUUUUGAAUUACUUCUUUCGUUAACAUUUCUAUUUGUAUUAGUUGUCUUCACGGGACAUUUAUCAGAUCUGGUUUGUGCUCCAUUUCUCAUUAGUUAUGAUUCUAUUGAAUAUUGUUUACAAUCUAGUUGUCCUCUUCUAACACGACAACGUGGUUUUUAUCAUUUUAUUGAUGUAUAUUUUUAUCCUGAUGAUUGGGUUCGAUCUGUUUGGAUUUGUUUAUUGAUUGGCUAUAUUCUUUAUUCUCCUUUAAUGUAUUUGCAAAGUUAUCUGGAAAAUUCAAAUUUCAAAUAUGAAUUUUGGAUAUUUCUUUCGACAAAUUUUCCUCAAUUCUAUGAAAAUUUUCGUCAUUUCUUUGCUUUUUUCUCAUGUCUCUUUCUUUGGCGUGGUUUUUGGCUUUUAUAUGAUUCAUAUAUUGAUAUUUUCGAAUCUUAUUUUCAAACAUGUUUAUUAUUAUAUCUUUCAUCAUUUCUAGUUUUGUCUUUAAUUCAAACGGCAUCAUCAAUCAAUGGUCCACUCAACACUAUGAAAGAUGAAAAUGGUUUUUUUUCUCUUUAUCCAAACUAUUAUGUUUCGAUAGUCUUUAGAAAAUUAUGUCAAUUACCCUUUUUUAAUCAAAAUUAA